AGGUGGCUCUUUUUAAUGCAGUAGUGUCAUUAGCUGGCUGAAGACUAAACAUGAGAAUAGCAGGUGCUGCAAAGUUGGUAGUAGUCGUAGCAAUAUUUCUGUUGACAUUUUAUGUCAUAUCUCAAGUGUUUGAAAUAAAAAUGGAUGCAAACUUGGGACACAUAUUUGCUAGAUCAGCACUGGAUGCAGCUGCACGCACUACAAAACCUCCAAGAUACAAAUGUGGGAUCUCUAAACCUUGUCCUGAAAAGCAUUUUGCAUUCAAAAUGGCAAGUGGAGCAGCAAAUGUAGUUGGACCUAAAAUUUGUGUAGAAGAUAAUAUUUUAAUGAGUGCAGUUAAAAAUAAUGUUGGCAGAGGAAUUAAUGUGGCCUUGGUCAAUGGUAAAACAGGAGAGCCAUUAGACACUAAAUUCUUUGACAUGUGGGGAGGAGAUGUGGCUCCAUUUAUUGAAUUUCUGAAGUCAAUCCAGGAUGGAACGAUAGUGUUAAUGGGAACAUAUGAUGAUGGUGCAACCAAGCUUAAUGAGGAAGCACGGAAACUGAUUGCUGAAUUAGGAAGCACAUCUAUUACUAACCUUGGCUUCAGAGACAACUGGGUCUUCUGCGGUGGAAAAGGAAUUAAGACUAAAAGUCCAUUUGAACAGCAUAUAAAGAACAACAAGGAUACAAACAAGUAUGAAGGCUGGCCAGAAGUUGUUGAGAUGGAAGGCUGUAUCCCUCAGAAGCAAGAUUAAAUGAAAACAAAGGGAAAGGAGAAAGAGUAUGGAAGAAAAUGCACUUUCUGCUAUGAUUAGGGAGAGGGCUAUGAAGGAGACUGUACUGUAAAUAAUAUUUUUAAAGCAUGCAACCAUCUUGUCGGUGUGUGCAUGAGCACUGACAUUUUGAAUAUUGGGAUUAUUUAUUGCUAACACACAUAGAAAUCCUUUUUGUAAAUAUGUCCAAAACAAAAGAAACAUCAAAUCAUUUCUAUGCAGGUUUCUUAAAAGCACAGUAUUUAGUUUGCCUGUGGUAAAUAAUAUCUUGUAGAUCAAUUGGCUAAUAAAAUUGCAUAUGCGGAUAAUAAACAUCCUGACAAAUGUUGUACUGUCCUCUUAACAGCGUAAUGUUGCUGUGAGUAUGUAACCUUUGUGGAAUACUGUAGAUUUUAGUGAUAAGUUAAUAAAGAGCUUUAAUUUUUUUUAUCUUCUGCCUUUUUAAUGGCAGCACCACUUUUUAUUAAAGCUAUUUGGUUAUUCUAA